AUGGCUGUAAGAUGUGUUCCUGGAAAUAAGUUUUCCAAAAAUGUAUCUUCCAAAAGUGACAGCUAUGUGUUUGGCAAAUACAUGCAUCUCACAGGCUUUUUGUUUCCCACAGGAAUUGAUUUUAAAAUCAGAACAAUAGAAUUAGAUGGGAAGAAAAUCAAACUUCAGAUAUGGGACACUGCAGGCCAGGAAAGGUUCCGCACCAUCACAACCGCCUACUACAGAGGAGCCAUGGGAAUAAUGCUGGUAUAUGAUAUUACCAAUGAAAAAUCUUUUGACAACAUCAAAAACUGGAUAAGGAACAUAGAAGAGCAUGCAUCCUCCGAUGUAGAAAGAAUGAUCCUGGGCAAUAAAUGUGAUAUGAAUGAGAAAAGGCAAGUUUCAAAAGAAAAGGGAGAGAAGUUAGCGAUCGAUUAUGGAAUCAAAUUUCUGGAGACAAGUGCAAAAUCUAGCAUAAAUGUGGAAGAAGCUUUCUUCACUCUGGCACGGGAUAUUAUGACAAAGCUCAACAGAAAAAUGAAUGACAACAGUUCAGCAGGUGCGAGUGGGCCAGUGAAAAUAACAGAAAACAGAUCAAAGAAGAGCAGCUUCUUUCGAUGCACACUGCUUUGAUGAACUUCUUAACAAUAGACUGCAGCAUACCUAGAAAGAAAAAAAAAGAAAAAAACCCUUUUCCUGCUACUCUGAAAGCACAGGCUCACCUAGCCUCUAGAGCUGUUACCACCAGGCUGCUGCUGAGGGCUCUGUCUGAACGUAGAGUGCACUAAACCAAGAGAAAUGGAUUUUAGUUUGCUCUGCUUCUCAACAUGUUCGGCUCCUUCAUCUCAAAUACGGAAGCCCUGAAGUUGAGAGAGACACACGUGCAGGAGCUCAAUCUUCCUUUCUUCUUCAUUGCUUUGUUUCACUGCCUGCUUCAAAAGCUGCUAAAGUUUUCCCCCCCUCCUUUGCACAUCUGUGCUAGCUUUUUGUUGCCUGUUAGAACACAGUCUUACACCUGUAUUUGCACAGCUUUUUAAUCUGGUAAGCAUUCUCUAGCAUAAUUCUAUUCCAGGUAUUUCUCCCUCCCCCCCUUCUUUUCCUGCUGUGCUGUAGAAGACUAGGGUUGGAUUCCACUGCACAGUACACAGGGGGCAGGAUCCAGCCCAUCAUGGGGCAGCACUCCUGCACAGAGAGGAUUUCUCUGUCCCCCACCCCACCCCAGCAUGUGAGGCCAUGCGUUUAAGUCAGUCUGUGCUUCCCGUAUUCCCACCCAGCCACCCUGCUCCACCCUGUCUUAACUUAGUUAUGCUCUUGAAUGUGAAUUAUUUUCUUGUUGAGGCCAGAAAGAAAGUUGGGUGGGAAGUGCGAAACGUACAUGGACU